UUCACAAGACUGUUUUUUUUUAUCUAAUUUUUGGUUGGAGAUGGGAGGGCAACCGAAUUUCUCCUGAAUUAUUGGGAGAGGAACGCAUGAAAUGCCGUGAAUUCGAAGGCAAUCUCUUAUGAACGGAUAUUUGGUUACUUGCURAGGUAAGAAUUCAAGUCCCUCGGGGCUUUGAGCGAGAAGGAAAUGACUCAGUCGUUGAAUACGAAAUCCGAACGAAUCCAGAGACAAACAAGGAUAACGACCUUCGUCCCUCUCAAUCUCUUCGCGGGUCUUGUUUGAAGUUUCGAUCGGAUCUUUUAAGUAUGAACAAAAAAGGGUUGGCAAUUUUGAUGCGAACCAGGAUGAGACCUAACAACGAUCUCACCAAGCUCUCUCUAUCCCCUCUCACUAAUCAGAUGCAACUUAAUUCACAGGAUUCCAGAGGACGUGUAAUGGAACAUUUCCCGGACGAAAACAAAAAACAGCUCAAGAUCUCAGGCAACACAGAAAGAGAUUUUGAUAUUGUUCGUGGAUGGAUGCAUUUGGUCAUUUCUAUGAAGAAAAUGGAAGGUCUAGAUGACGUGCUUAAUGAUUUUUCGAAGGGCUAUUUCAGUCUCUCCCCUGAGAACCGCAGGAAGUUGCUUCUCAUGCUUGCCAAAGAGUAUGACUUCAAUAGAACGCAAGUUCGUGAUCUGAUGAAGCAAUAUCUUGAUCUUGAACUUCCUAGUGGUGAGAAUGCACGAUCUGUUGGUCAAGACGAUAAAGCCCCACUUUCUGCUUUCUACCAUCUUGAGCAAAAUUUGAGGCAUGCUCUGAAACCAACAUAUGAAGUUCUUUUUGAGCGACUUAACACACAUCCUGGUGGGCUGGGGUUCUUGUCCAUUCUACGAGCUGAUAUUCUCUCUGUACUUGCAGAGGAAAACAUUGCGUCUUUGAGAGCACUGGAUGCCUACUUAAAGGAGAAACUCGGCAUGUGGCUCAGUCCUGCUGUCUUGGAGCUUCACCAAAUAACUUGGGAUGACCCUGCUUCUUUACUAGAGAAAAUUGUAGCUUAUGAGGCUGUGCAUCCAAUCAGCAAUCUUAUUGAUCUUAAGAGAAGGCUAGGAGUUGGUCGACGUUGUUUUGGAUAUCUACACCCAGCGAUACCAGGUGAACCUCUUAUUUUUAUUGAAGUUGCACUGUUGAAAAAUGUGGCUCAGACAGUACAGGAAGUUUUGUGGGACGAUCCCCCAAUACCUGAAAGUGAAGCAACCUGUGCGUUGUUUUAUUCUAUAUCCUCUACAAAGCCUGGCUUAUCAGGAAUCAAUCUUGGGAAGUUCCUCAUUAAACGAGUAAUAACACUUGUGAAGAGAGACAUGGCAUAUAUCAGUACAUUCGCAACUCUAAGUCCUAUCCCAGGUUUCAUGCAUUGGCUUUUACCAAAGUUGGCAUCUCAAUCAAAUCUAGCCGAAAAAGAGGUUGCAUCGCGUUCAUCCGGAAAUGAAUCUGCUUCCACUUUCUGGGAGAAUAUUCUUGAACCGGAGGAGGAGAGAGUGCUCCUUGAAUCAUCACAAGAAUUUGUCACUGGAAAGAAUGGCAUGGAGGUGAUGUUGAAGUUAUUGACAUUGUCAAACCAUGGGUGGACUAGUUCGACGAAAUUGCUUUCAGCAUUAAAACACCCUUUAAUGCGCUUGUGUGCCAGGUACCUUGUAGAAGAGAAAAAGAGAGGAAAAGCUCUAGAUUCUGUGGCAAAUUUUCACUUGCAAAAUGGAGCAAUGAUCGAAAGACUUAACUGGAUGGCAGACCGAUCCGAAAAAGGCCUUCUUCAAAGUGGAGGUAUCAUGGUGAACUAUAUUUACAGGAUGGAGAAAAUUGAAGAAUAUGCUAAUUCUUACUUCAGCACUGGCCAAAUACAUUCCUCACCUGACAUUCUUCGUUACGUCAAGUCCAAGAAAUUGCACGAUGAAUCUACAGAGUAGAAUUUCUGAAAGAUUCAAUAGGUGGUUAUUCUUCUCUGCCGCCAUUGUUGCUUCUUCAAGUGCAGCUGGUGGCUACAAACCAUACUGUGGGAUGUUAGGAUAUUAAGUAUUAAAGAAUAAGAUAUGGCCUUUUGCUGGUGUUGCCUUCUCUAAAAUAUGUCAUCGGUUUGGGGAAAAGACUGUUGUGUGUAUAAUCUUUCAAUAUUAUUCUGUGUGUAUGCUUUGUAUUAGAUAUGCAUUUCCCCCUAUUAUUCUCUUACAUAUUUAACAUCUUUUCUUUUUAAAUAGAUAUUCUCAGUGUUAUUUAA